GGGGCAGAGGAGGGAGGCCGGGGCAGCCGUCGAGGCAGGGAGACCAGCAGGACCGGCCGUGCCAGCAGGCAGAUAGCCCUGCCAUCACCAGCCCCAGGGGCAGCGAGAGGGCAGAGGCCAGAACAUCCAAGCCCGGACUUUUGGGGGGACGGAGACACGCAGAGAGAGAACCAUGAGGACCACCUGGGCCUCGCUCAUCUCCCUCCUGGUCCUCGUCGGCCUCGCGCCGUCCGCUUCGCAGGGAAAAGAAGUUGUGCUCCUGGACAUGGCUGCAGCCAAAGGCGAGCUGGGUUGGCUGAAACAUCCCUACAACCAAGGGUGGGACCUGCUCCAGAACAUCAUGGACGAGGCUCCCAUCUACAUGUACUCAGUGUGCAACGUGGUGGAGGGCGACCAGGACAACUGGCUGAGGACAAACUGGAUCUACCGGAGCGAAGCCGAGCGCAUCUUCAUCGAGCUCAAGUUCACCGUCCGCGACUGCAACAGCUUCCCCGGCGGAGCCAGCUCCUGCAAGGAGACUUUCAACCUGUACUACGCCGAGUCGGACGUGGACUACGGCACCAACUUCCAGAAGCGGCAGUUCAGCAAGAUUGACACCAUCGCGCCUGACGAGAUCACCGUCAGCAAUGACUUUGCCACCCGCAAUGUUAAGCUCAACGUGGAGGAGCGCUCGGUCGGGCCGCUCACCCGCAAGGGCUUCUACCUGGCCUUCCAGGACAUCGGGGCCUGCGUGGCCCUGCUCUCCGUCCGCAUCUACUACAAGAAGUGCCCCGAGGUCCUGCAGGGACUCGCCCGCUUCCCCGAGACCAUCGCCGGGUCUGACUCUCCUGCCCUGGCCAAGGUGGCGGGCGUCUGCGUGGAGAAUGCCGCCGUGGCCCCCGGCGGUGAGGAGCCCAUGAUGCAUUGCAACGUGGAUGGCGAGUGGCUGGUGCCCAUCGGACAGUGCCUGUGCCAGGCGGGCUAUGAGAAGGUGGAAGACGCAUGCCAAGCCUGCGCCCCUGGCUUCUUCAAGUCCGAAGCCUCCAGUGUGGCCUGCGAGGAGUGUCCCCCGAACACGGUGGCCUCACCCGAGGGGGCCACCUCCUGUGCCUGUAAAGAAGGCUUUUUCCGGGCUUCGGCGGAUCCUUCCUCCAUGGCCUGCACAAGUCCCCCUUCUCCCCCUUACCACCUCACUGCCAUCGGCAUGGGCGCCAAGGUGGAGCUGCGCUGGAAAGCCCCCCAGGACACAGGAGGCCGGACGGAUGUCACCUACACGGUCACCUGUGAGCAGUGCUGGCCUGAGACGGGGGAGUGUUUCCCCUGUGAGUCUAGUGUGCGCUACUCAGAGCCGCCCCAAGACCUGAGCAGCACUAGUCUGACCGUGAGUGACCUGGAGCCCCACAUCAACUACACCUUUGCUGUGGAGGCCCGCAAUGGGGUCUCUGGCUUCGUGACCACCCGCAGCUUCCGCACGGCCAGCGUCAGCAUCAACCAGACCGAACCACCAAGGGUGAAUCUGGACAGCCGCAGCACCACGACCCUUAGCGUGUCCUGGACCAUUCCCCUCCGGCAGCAGAACCGCGUCUGGAAGUACGAGGUCACCUAUCACAAGAAGAUGGAUCCCAACAACUAUAACGUGCGUCGCACUGAAGGCUUUUCCAUGACACUGGACGAUCUCGUGCCGGGCACCACGUACUUGGUACAGGUCCAGGCCCUGACACAGGAGGGCCAGGGGGCCGGAAGCAAGGUGCAUGAGUUCCAGACCCUAGCCACUGAGGGAUCCAGCAACAUGGCAGUGAUUGGAGGAGUCGCUGGAGGCUUGGUUUUGCUGCUGGCACUGGCCCUGGCUGGGCUUUUUAUCCACCGCAGGAGGAAGAAUGCUAGAACUCGCCAGUCUUCAGAGGACGUUUACUUCUCCAAGUCCGAACAACUGAAGCCCCUGAAAACCUAUGUGGACCCCCACACCUACGAGGACCCCAACCAGGCUGUGCUGAAGUUCACCACCGAGAUCCACCCCUCCUGGGUCACACGUCAGAAGGUGAUUGGUGCAGGAGAAUUCGGGGAAGUCUUCAAGGGAUCACUGAAGGCCCCAGGCAAGAAAGAAGUUCCAGUGGCCAUGAAGACCCUGAAGGCUGGGUACACAGAAAAGCAGCGUGUGGACUUCCUGAGCGAAGCCAGCAUCAUGGGCCAAUUCAGUCACCACAACAUCAUCCGCUUGGAGGGGGUUGUCUCCAAAUAUAAGCCCAUGAUGAUCAUCACAGAGCACAUGGAAAAUGGUGCCUUGGACAAGUUCCUGCGGGAGAAGGAUGGCGAAUUCUGUGUGAUCCAGCUAGUGGGCAUGCUGCGGGGCAUCGCGGCAGGCAUGAAGUACCUGGCCAAUAUGAACUAUGUCCACCGUGACCUCGCCGCCCGCAACAUCCUGGUCAACAGCCAGCUGGUGUGCAAGGUGUCCGACUUCGGGCUAUCCCGGGUUCUGGAGGAUGACCCCGAUGCUACCUAUACGACCAGCGGGGGGAAAAUCCCCAUUCGCUGGACGGCACCUGAGGCCAUCUCCUACCGCAAGUUCACCUCGGCCAGUGAUGUCUGGAGCUAUGGCAUCGUCAUGUGGGAGGUGAUGUCCUAUGGAGAGAGGCCCUACUGGGAGCUGUCCAACCAUGAGGUUAUGAAAGCCAUCAAUGAGGGCUUCCGACUGCCCGCUCCCAUGGACUGCCCCUCCGCCAUCUACCAACUGAUGAUGCAGUGCUGGCAGCAAGAACGUGCCCGGCGCCCCAAAUUUGCUGACAUCGUCAGCAUCUUGGAUAAGCUCAUCCGAGCUCCCGAUUCACUCAAGACCCUGGCCGACUUCGACCCCAGAGUCUCCAUACGCCUGCCCAGCACCAGCGGCUCCGAGGGAAUCCCCUUCCGCACUGUGUCCGAGUGGCUCGAGUCCAUCAAGAUGCACCAAUACACAGAGCACUUCAUGACGUCCGGCUACAAUGCCAUCGAGAAAGUGGUACAGAUGACUAAUGAUGAUAUCAAGAGAAUCGGAGUCCGUUUACCUGGCCACCAGAAACGCAUCGCCUACAGCCUUCUGGGCCUGAAGGAGCAAGUCAGCACUGUGGGAAUCCCCAUCUGAACUGAGCAGCAGAGGGAGGGAUCUAAGCGUACGUGCAAACAGGAAAAUACUUGAAGAUACGUAGAAUUGAAGUAAACGCUGGCAGCCUCGGGCAUCGGAGGAAACUGGCUGCCGCCUAGAGUCCUCCCACUCAGCUUCUUGGAUCCGUGUUUUACCUCGACAGUGAUUGCUUUAUUUAUUUUUUGUGUACUAUUGAGUGGUUAAUCUCUGGUGUAUAUGGACCCUCAGCCGCAGCUGUGCAAUGUGACCAGCCCCAAGACGGGCUGAAGGGGUGCCAGGUGUUUCCGAGCAAUGGACGGUUUCCUCAAAGACUUUGGCCCCUGGGAUGUACGGGCCCUGGGAUCCUCCCUCUGCCCAAGGAGGGUCAAAGCCUUCAUCUCCCUGUUCUCUCGGUGCCGUGAGGACCGGCCAACCAGAGAACCGCUCCACAGAUGCGCAGCUCUGAAUUUUCUCAGAAGUCCUCUGUGGCGUUUCCAGUGGCCUUCACUUUGGUUUCCCUUCCCCUGAGGCAGUGGGGGCUGGCCAGGCCUCCUGACAGUCGCCAUGGGAACUGGGUAAUGCACCCUUUCACUCUUUAUAAGAGGACGGUGACCAAACUCUGUGCAAACGAUUCCUCGCUGACGGACUGCGACAUAGAAGCCGACCGCCUUCGAGUUUCAGGGAGGUGGGCUGUCUCCGCUGUCUUCCCUGAGCACUGAGGCACUCUUCCUCUUCGACUGUGGCCUUUUGAAGGAGCGGAGGAAGGAGAGGGCCCCCUGGCUAUGUUUUUUUUUUUAUACUUUUUGUACUUAGUUGAGAGUGUGUUUGUGUGGUAGCCUCCCCAGGAGGGGAGGGGGCGGGGGCCCAGGCUUGGCCUGGCAUCCUGUGUCCCUGAGCUCAGCUGGGACGUGGCUCUGCCCGCAAGAGAAUGAGGCAGGUCCCACUGGUAUGAACGCCUCAUCUUUCCUAUUUAUUUCUACCUUCUGAACUCUCCCUACCCUUCGCUUCUUUAGCUGUCAUUUGCUAGCCCGUCAGUGUUACCUUCGAUUUAUUUUUGGGACCCUAAUUUAUUUUUUUUUUUUAUAUUUAUUGAUAGAAAAGUUAUUUCUACUUGUCCUGAAUUGCCGUUCGGAAUAAAGUU